AUGUCUUCAGAGGACAGCAGAAUAGAGCCACUACCACCCGAAGUUGUGGCGAAGAUUAAAUCUUCAACUUCUAUUACCGAUCUAAAUCGAGUGGUUGUUGAACUCGUCAAGAAUGCGCUGGAUGCAAAUGCACAUACGGUCUCCGUAACGGUUGAUUUUCACCGCGGGGGAUGUGUGGUUGAGGACGACGGUGAUGGGAUACCCCCGGCCGAAUUUGAGUCGGAUGGAGGAAUAGGGAAAGCGCAUCAUACCUCGAAGUUACAUUCAGCAAGAGCUGUCUACGGUCGUAGAGGGCUAUUCCUCGCUUCUGUGGCUUCUCUUUCACUAUUGACGGUGACCUCACAACAUUUCCGCCACAACAGCACCAAUAGUGUCAUUUUUCAUCAUUCGACUCCAAUCGCCCGCUGGAUACCAGCACCAUCAUCGCAUCAGUUGAGUUCCAGCGGUCAUGGGACGUGCGUUACUGUUAAUGACUUGUUUGGCAAUAUACCCGUACGCGUGAAAAGUCGGGCCCUAGCCCUUCAGAAACCCGACGAAUUUGAGCGGCAGUGGGAUGGCCUCCGGCGACUACUCGUUUCUUUGAUGUUGGCAAGUGACCAUCUCACUAAACUGGUGAUCUCAACUGCUGGAAAAGAGAGGAAGGUUACGAUUCGCUCGCACGCUGGGCGUCAAGAGAAAAGGGGAGACUUGGAUAUCCAACGCAUCGCUUCUAUACUCAUGCAGGCCGGCCUGAUUGAGUCGCAGAACUCUGGUAGCUGGAACUCGGUGUCGGCAUGCGUCCCUGGGGUGUCGUUGCACGCCGCUGUAUCCCUUAUGCCGAGCCCCACGAAGAAGGUUCAGUUUAUCUCCAUGGGGAUCGAUCCAGUCUACCCGCGCAACAGCACGGACCUGCUCUAUAGUGAAAUCAACCGUUUGUUUGCUUUGUCCGAUUUUGGUGCGGUUGAAGCGGCCCCUGUAAGCAGCGACAGAAACCCCGGCCCUAGGUCUACAAGCAAGGCAGUGAACAAAUGGCCGAUGUUCUACAUUCGCAUAGACGUCGAUGAUCCUGGAGAACUCUACGAGGAAGGCCAUGAGGUGGUACCGGAGUCAAACCAGUCCGUCCAGCGUCUUAUUGAUGUGCUUGCGGCCAUGAUAAGCGAGUUCUUGAAACAACAGGGUCUACGACCACGUGCAGGGCGACAAAUGAAAGGUGCGUCUCAGAGGUCAAUGAACUUUGAGUCGCCAGGGGCUGGCGGAUCCAGUCUUGCGAAAUCGGCGUUUUCACGCAACAAAUCUUCCAUUGUCGAAGAAGCCUUGGCAGGCCAGUUGAAGCUGCCGACCUUUCACAGACCGACGUCAAUGAACACUACAUCGGAUUUUACGACGUGGUCUAGGGUCAAAUGUGCGAGAGAACCGCCUGCCGGUAAGCAUGAAUUGGCCGAUGGGUGGAAGAAAGUGCAUUCAAGGCCUGCUUCGGAGUACCGCGAUAGAGAAUCGUUGUCAAUUUGUCUAGAAACAGAUGAUUCGUCGGCCGGUAGCAACCUGCAGAUUACUGAAAAUGACGGGUCGGAUGUUGAUGCGUCGAGACCGUGGACUGACCCCCAUACUGGACGUACUCAUUUGAUAAAUACAAGAACGGGCCAAGCAAUCAACGUUAGAUCACGACCUACUGCAUUUACAGUCGACGAGCGCCCCCGAUCUGCCGGACCAUUUCAGACACUGCGGGCGCUCGAAAGGUCAAGGCCAAGGUCGGCAAUCUCAAGCAAAAGUCAUAAUAUCUGGAUUGAGACCCUCCUGAGGAGAUGGGAAAACCCAGCGUUCAGUCGGCCGGAAAGACCCAUAACCGCGAUUGGCGAUGGUGAAAGUCACGUAAAUACGGGUGAUAAGGGCCUCAUUCGGCCGUUUGACGGCUCGGGAGACACUUGCGGAUUGGAAGAUUUGGGAUUGGCACAAUUCCGAGGCCGGUUACGCAAGAGUCACCUAGCGACGGCCAACAUCAUUGCACAGGUGGAUCAAAAGUUUAUCCUCGCAAAGCUCGCUGAUGGCCAUAGCUCACGGUCGGCCCUGGUCUUGAUUGAUCAACAUGCUGCGGAUGAACGAUGUCGGAUUGAGAGCCUUUUUGGAGAAAUGUUCGUUGAUGGUCAUCGUCAAGUUCAAACCAUCAGGAUUGACCCUAUUACUUUUGAUAUUCCGCUAAUGGAAGCCACUCUUUUUGGAAAGCAUGCAGACUUUUUUGCAUCUUGGGGUGUUGGUUACACUGUUGAGCGAAAAUCAUCAGCCAGAACUGCCCUCGUUGAUGUGCAUUCACUUCCCACGCUGAUUGCAGAGCGGUGUCGAGUAGAACCCAACCUGGUCAGCGACUUGAUCCGCGGCGAGCUAUGGAAACACGAGGAGAACGGAGGGGGUGCUUUGAGCAUACAUCGGGACGAGUCGGGGUGUGAGACCGAGGACAGUUGGGUGGAACGACUCAAGAGUUGCCCUCAAGGGAUUAUUGACUUGCUGAACUCUCGGGCAUGCAGAACAGCAAUCAUGUUCAACGAUGCCCUGACGGCCGAGGAGUGCAAAAGUCUUAUAGGUCGACUGGCGCGAUGCGUGCUGCCUUUUCAGUGCGCCCAUGGACGGCCUUCUAUGAUCCCAAUUCUGGACUUGAAAGAAGGUGAGGAGUUGUUGGGAGACGGCGCCGAAUGCGAAUAUGAAUAUGGGUAUGAAAGGAAGGUCGGUCGACGACAGCCGGGUUUUCUUGAGGCUUUUCGAUCUUGGCAAGCUCUUAGUGAGCACUGA